AUGGGACCGGAUGGUCUGUAUCCAGCCCUCUCCAAAGAAGGCGUAGAAUCCAAGGUGACAAACAACAAACUAACAAAGCUUAUCAAUGCUAUGUGGUACGAAGAGGUGCCUGCAGAAUGGGGCAUGUCGACAGUUCUUCGGAUCUUCAAAAAGGACAUGCGGAUGCUGUGCGUAGACCACAGUGGCAUAAGCCUGGUCUCCAACCUUAUCAAUGAAUAUCAGAGACAGAAACGUACAGUUUGGGGCGCGAUGGACCGGAAAGUUGCCGCCAAGUGUAGACGUACCAACCCCGAAGUUCUCAUGUAUCCGCCACUGGCCCAUGGACUUGGAUACAUACUGGCCUAUCAUAUUGGCUUGCUACCCUUUCUUCCAAUCCCCUACGAUUGCUUCGAAUUCCCACUGAUGCAGGCAAUCAAAGAUAAACGACCGAUGCACUGGCAAGCCAAUAAUACAUGGAAAACCCGAGCUGUCGUUCAUCUACUAUGCUUUCUGAUGUCCUUCCCUGGGAUGUACGAGCACAUAAAGCGCCGUGGCAUACCGGUUUUCAUGUGGGUAGGAAACACCUACUCCGAAUUCCGCACCGCAUUUGAACUUGGUGCCACUGGCGUGAUGACAGACUACCCCAGUCGUUUACGCGCUUUCCUCGACGGAGAUACAAAAAUGGCCGACCGUACAACCUCUUCGUGAGCGGGGCUCAGGAUUCAUUGUUUGCCGCUGGCACUACUCACUUAUCCUUGUCCGAAGAUUAUUUUUCACUUGCGUUCAGGCUGCCUUAGCCGAAGCUCAGCUCACUCUCAGCUUAACUUCUCCUAUUUUUUCCAUAUGUGUUACAUCAAUUGUUUAUCAUUUCACUUUUAUCACCAUGCUCGAGAAUCCCCUCUAUCUGCACCCUUUUCUCACCCUUUGUUAUCAAUUCAUCGAGGUCUGGUUCCCGACACUGUCCUGUAGCAUUUACACCGAUAGCCCCGUGUUUCUCUCUUUUGUGCUCGUGAUUUUGUGAAGUUUCCUUACCUGACUACCUGAUUUCAUCGAUGUUGACUUGCCUGACAGUGGGAGUGUGAAUCCGUGUCAGUGGGUAUGGAAGGAUUCUUUGUGACAGCGUGAAGGUUACUCUUCUCAAUACAUUGUCGCACUUGGGAAAUGAUGGCAUACUUUACGAGUCGUGUCAAAUUAUGCACCUAGUGGGAUUACCUUUGUUAAUUUAUGGUAUUUCUACUGUCUUGCUUUCUCUCUGUGUGUGGUAUACGCGUCAGUACUCAAGGUGU